CACGGCUCCAUCUUCUUCCUACAAAACGUCGAACUCCGUUCAUUGUCCGAUCAUCAUCGAGUCUCCAAGAGGUCAACAUGUCGCCGUCUUCUUCUUCGCCGCCGACGAUGGCGGAAGAGAGGGAGCUGAGAUCGGAACUUCAAGCGUCGGUUACGUUUCCUCCGAUAAAAGCAGCGAAGAGAGUAGUGCUGGUGAGGCAUGGGCAGAGCACGUGGAACGAGGAAGGCAGGAUCCAAGGGAGCUCCAACUUCUCUGUUUUGACAAAGAAAGGCGAAGCUCAGGCUGAAACUUCCCGCCAAAUGCUCAUCGAUGACUCCUUUGAUGUUUGCUUCUCCAGCCCCCUCAUUCGGUCGAAAAGAACAGCUGAAAUCAUAUGGGGGACUCGAGAAUACGAGAUUUUAACAGACUCUGAUUUGAGAGAAAUUGAUCUUUAUUCAUUUCAAGGCCUCUUAAAGCAUGAGGGGAAGGCAAAGUUCGGUCCAGCUUAUCAACAAUGGCAGGUUGAUGCUGCAAACUUCAACAUUGAUGGUCAUUAUCCCGUCAGAGAGUUGUGGGGGCGUGCCCGAAAUUGCUGGGAUAAAAUCCUUGCUCAUGAAAGCAAGUCUGUUCUUGUGGUUGCUCACAAUGCUGUUAACCAAGCUCUAGUUGCAACAGCAAUUGGACUGGGAACAGAAUACUUCAGGAUUUUGCUUCAGAGCAAUUGUGGUGUAAGUGUGCUUGAUUUUGUCCCGUGCCCAGAGGGAGGGUCUCCAUAUAUCUGUCUCAAUCGUUUAAACCAGACACCGGGUUCUCCUGUUGCUUCUGGGGCCGGAAGAAAGACAAGUAAGCGGAUCAUACUUGUUUGUCAGGGAUCCACACAGGAUACAGAGGCUACUGCUGCUGGCUUAGGUGAUCAACCAAUGAACAUGCUUGGGGUUAUACAGGCCCAGAAAACUGCAGAGUUGCUUCUUGAUCUGAAAGUGAGUGCCAUAGUUAGCAGCCCAAAGAAUGCCUGUGCCGAGACAGCAAAUAUUAUCUCCCAAGUGCAAGAAGCUGCCGAUUGCUUGGGUGCUGAUUGUGUUCCUCGGUAUGUAGAGAUGAAGAGAAUACCGGACCUUGAUGUUGCCGAACUCUUUCAGCCAUCUACAAAGGACACAACUGAACUUUUAUCUCUACGCCCUGGUUGGUCAAAUGGAUUAGAAGACGGAGUCACGUCGACACUACAAGAGCAAUCCGGGCAAGCCUGGCGUUCAUUGCUGGCCGAACUAUCUGAUGAGUCCGAGGAAGAAAAAGUCAUUGUUGCUGUAGCUCACCCCAUAGCUCAUAUAGCAUUGAUAGGACACUGCCUGAAAGUGACAAAAGAAUGGCUGGGAUCAUUCCAUCUUGAUGCGGGGAGCAUCAGUGUCAUUGAUUUCCCAGACGGACCAACCGGUAGAGGCGUAAUCCGGUGCAUAAACUACACUGCCCAUCUAGGGAGAUGGUCUAUACCAAUUACAAGAUCGACGGUGGACGAUGAUUCAUUUUGAUUGUGAACAUGUAUAGAUCCCACAUACAUAUCAGCUAAAAGAUACUUCGGUAGUGAUACUGUAUA